AUGCUUCUUUCACCAUUACCUUCUGACAACAUGUGCAACAUAGUUCUGACAGCAGGUCUCUGCCUGGUCAUCGCCAGCUUGGGCUCUUCUGAAAGGCUGGUGUGUUACUUUAACAGCUUGGCCGAAGAUAGAGCAGACGACGGGAAGUUCACGAUUGAGGAUAUCGAUCCGAACAAAUGUACCCAUCUGAUCUACGCCUUCUCUGACAUCAAUGAAUUCAAUGAGCUGGUCCCCACUAGAAGAGCAGAAAUAUUUCGCUAUCAGGUGUUUAAUGGGCUCAAAACCAGAAAUCCUUCACUCAAAACCCUGUUGGCUGUUGGUGGCCCAACCUUUAACAAAGAAAAGUUCACUACGAUGGUGUCAACCACACAAAAGAGAACAACAUUCAUCCAGUCUGCUGUCGCACUACUGAGAUUAUUUCAGUUUGAUGGGUUAAACCUGGACUGGAUGUACCCUGUGGGAGCAGGAGGCGACCCAGACAACAAGCAGAAAUUUACACUGUUGUGCAAGGAGCUCAAUGCUGCCUUUGAGACUGAAGGGAACGAACAUAACCGUGACCGAUUAAUCCUCACAGCAAGUGUCUCUGCUGAGAGAGAGGUCAUUGAUGCCAGUUAUGAAGUCAAGAACAUUACCAAGAACCUGGACUUCCUCAAUGUGCUGACGUAUGACUUUCAUGGCCCCUGGGAAAAUGUCACAGGACAUCACAGUCCCUUAUUCAGGGGAUCCAACGAUACUGGAGACAAAAUCUACUAUAAUACUGACUCUGCCAUGCAGUAUUGGUUGGACAAGGGAGCAGAUGCACAAUUGCUUAAUUUGGGACUAGCUGCAUAUGGGCGAGCUUUUUCCCUUUCCUCUGCAUCCAGUGAUGUUGGAGCUCCAGCCAACGGCACCGGUGAAGAAGGCUGCUACACUGGUGAAGAAGGAUUCUGGGCCUAUUACGAGACUUGCCUUUAUACUGAAGGGGAGCUGGUCCAAAGGAUUCCUGAUCAGAAAGUUCCAUAUGCCAUCACAGAAAACCAGUGGGUUGGAUUUGAUGAUACACUCAGCAUUAGUACAAAGGUCAGUUACUUAAAAGGAAAAAGCUUUGGAGGAGCCUUUGUUUGGUCUCUGGACCUGGAUGACUUCAGCGGAAAUUUCUGUAACCAGAGCAGAAGUCCCUUCAUCAGCCACCUGAAUUCUCUCCUGGUUCAAAAGCCAUUACCCCAAUGUUCCUGGUUUUUUUUUAGGUUCCUCAACCUCCACUACCACAGCCUCAACUACAUUGACAACAACUGCUGCCACCACAGCUACACCUACAAUGACAACAACACCUGCUACCACAGCCUCACCUACAAUGACAACAACUCCUGCUACCACAGCCUCAUCUACAAUGACAACAACUCCUGCUACCACAUCCUCACCUACAAUGACAACAACUCCUGCUACAACAGCCUCAUCUACAAUGACAACAACUCCUGCUACCACAGCCUCACCUACAAUGACAACAACUCCUGCUAA